AUGACUGACGACGAUUCACAAGAAGAAGGAAAUUACGAUCAAAUUAAAUGUGUUGUUGUAGGUGAUGGUGCUGUUGGUAAAACAUGUUUAUUAUUAUCAUAUAGUAAUAAUGAAUUUCCAGAUGAAUAUAUUCCAACUAUUUGUGACAAUUAUAGUAGUAAUGUUGAAUAUAAAGGACAUACUGUAUCAUUGGCACUGUGGGAUACAGCUGGACAAGAAGAAUAUGAUCAAUUACGUCCAUUAUCAUAUCCAGAUACAAAUGUAUUUUUGGUUUGUUUUUCAGUUGUCAAUCCAUCAUCAUUAGAAAAUGUUAAAAGUAAAUGGGUACCUGAAUUGAAACAAUCAUGUCCAGAUACACCCAUUGUUCUAGUUGGAUCUAAAAUUGAUUUAAGAAAUGAUCCAGAACAAAAAAGGAAACUCCAACAAAAAGCUUCACAACCUCUAACUGAAAAAGAAGGAGAACAAAUGAAAGUAGAAAUUGGUGCUAAUUUCUAUAGAGAAUGUUCAGCAAAGACAAUGGAAGGACUUGCAGAUGUAUUCGAAUGUGUCAUUGAGGCACAUUAUCAACAUUUAUUAUCAAAGAAGGAUACUGAAAGUUCAAAUAAUCAAAAUUCUAAAUCUGGUAAAAAAGGUGGAAAAGAUAAGAAAAAGAAAGAUUGUUUAAUCAUGUAA